UUCCUAAAUCCGCCCCUGUCUUCAGACUCCAAUUCUGUGAUUGAUUCCUCCUGCUUUGGACCCUGAGGAGGUGCAGAGAUGUCCUCCCUCCUCCUCCCAGAUGGACGGGAACCGUCGGCGCUCCGGGUCAACCCAGCAGAGGUUCCGGCUCUGGAGAUCAAACUGGGAGCGCUGGUGGUCCUGCUGUCCGUCACUCUGCUGUUCGGGUUCGCUCCUCUCUGCAUCAUCCGGGGAGGAGGCGGCCGCUGCAGCGUAGACCCAGACUCCCGCCGCCGCUUGCUCAGCUGGAUCAGCUGCUUCUCUGGAGGCGUCUUCCUGGCCACCUGCCUGCUGGACCUGCUGCCAGACUACCUGCAGAGCAUCGGCGAGGCCUUCACCAGCGCUGGGAUCAAACUCCAGUUCCCGCUGCCGGAGUUCAUCGUGGCCAUGGGGUUCUUCCUGGUCCUGGUUCUGGAGCAGAUCGUCCUGGCCUUUAAGGAUCAGUCGUCCUCCCACCUGGAGGAGCGCCGGGCUCUGAUGGCGGACUCCAGCAUCCAGACGGGCGACGGGAGCGCUCACCACCACCGCCACCGAGGCUCCUCAGAAACCGACGGCCACCUGACCUGGGUCCACGGUGACCUCGGCUCCCAGUCGGCGCUGCGGGCCUUCAUCCUGGUCUUCUCUCUGUCUCUGCACUCGGUGUUCGAGGGGCUCGCUGUGGGGCUGCUGGAGGAGAGUGAGGAGGUGCUGGAGAUCUGCCUGGCCCUGCUGAUCCAUAAGAGCAUCAUCUCGUUCAGCCUGAGCGCGGCGCUGACUCAGGGCCGGCUGCGCCGCUCCGUGGUCACUGGCUGCCUGCUGAUGUUCGCCAUCAUGUCGCCGCUGGGCAUCGCGCUGGGCAUCGGCCUGACGGAGACCAAGUCGUCGCCGCAGCAUCAGAUGGCCCGGUCCACGCUGGAGGGGCUGGCGGCCGGGACCUUCUUCUACAUCACCUUCAUGGAGAUCCUGCCGCACGAGCUGGCCUCGGCGCGCGGCCGCAUCCCCAAGGUGGCCAUGAUGCUGCUGGGCUUCGCCCUGGUGACCGGGGUGCUCUUCAUCAAGCUGUAACCAUGGCGACUCCUGCAGCACCUCCAGGAGGUCAAAGUUCAAGUCAGACUUUAAACACAGAACCUGAACUCCUGUCUUUAUCUGGCCUGGACGAAAUAAAAGCUUUAAUCCUCUUUAACUUUGAUAGAAGAUCCUUAUUUUUUUAAAACAAACUAACGAAUAUCAAUGAUGAGUUUGGUUUGAUGUGGAUCUUCUGCCACUAAUUGAAGUGAAGCAGCAUCGAAUCGAGCUCAGAGACGACAGGAGGAAACAUCUGCAGCAUCACAUCCGAACCGAACGGAGAGAAAAUCAUCAAGAAAAUCCGAGAAAAAAACGGAUUAAAUCCAGAAACGGGAAAAAAAGCCUGAAAUCCACCAAUCAUUUUACUCUGAGAGGCGGUUCCUU